AUGUCUGAGGACAACUUGUCUGGUGAGAGAAUGAGUGCUGACUGCAAUGGACGCUCAUAUGCACAAGGUAAGUCAGUCAGUGGAGGAGACUCGUCAGCAGAGCAGGACUUUUAUGGCAGAUUGCAGGGUCCUUCUGCCAGAACUCCCAAUAGUCAGCAAUCAUCACCGCACCGCUCCUUAAGUGCAAACUCCAUCAAGGUUGAGCUGUGCAGCGAUGACGAAUCGUCAGGUGCUGCACAGCCGGACAACAAGGAGGCCGUGGGAGUUGAGGGUCUGAAAGAUGACCGAGGGGACUCCGCAGAAGAAGGAGGUGCAGCACUUUCUGGAGCCGGGAGAGACAGAGGGAGCAUCUAUAGUGAGAUAGCGACUCCUAAUUCUGCCUCACCGGGCCCUAUCCGGCUGCCCAAUGGGAAGCUUCAGUGCGAGGUGUGUGGCAUGGUCUGCAUUGGACCUAACGUGCUGAUGGUCCACAAGAGGAGCCACACAGGUGAGCGUCCCUUUCAGUGUAACCAGUGCGGAGCCUCCUUCACCCAGAAGGGGAACCUGUUGCGCCACAUUAAGCUGCAUUCAGGAGAGAAGCCUUUUAAAUGUCCUAUUUGCAAUUAUGCAUGUCGCCGGAGAGAUGCCCUCGCUGGCCAUCUACGCACACACGCAGUUUCUUCUCCGACGGUGGGAAAACCGUUCAAGUGCAGCUACUGUAAUCGCAGCUACAAACAACAUAGCACACUGGAGGAGCAUCUGGAGCGAUGCCAUAGUUAUCUGAAGACUCUGGAUCCCCAGGCCGCCAUCAACACACAGACAGCACAGGGAGAAGAAUCCAUGAAUAUGGAGACAGUCGAUAAACCCGUUCUGCAGCCAUCCAAUGAGAAAGUCCAGUUUGUGGAUAGACUGCCUCUUAGUAUAACCAAACGCAAAAGGUCAACACCACAAAAGUUUUUGGCAGAAAAGCACAUGCACCUUGAUCCACCAGAAGCACCUUAUGAACUGUCCUCGGGUUCUGAAAGGGAAGGGGACCUCAUCAGCUCCCGUUCUGCUGGCGAGUCAGCUGGGCUGGUUGGUCCACACCUCCACUACGCCCGGGGAAAAGCCGAGAACCACGAGGCGCCCGCGCUGUCUCAGCUCCACGCCGGCUUUGUGGCGGAACUCCGCACAGUCAUGGGCUCCAUCAACAGCAACAUGACCCCUCAGGGCCCCCGGGCCCACAGCAGAGUUGGGCUGGCAGCAAUGUCCCUUGGCCUUCCUGGACGGGAGGCGGGCGAAGGCCGUGAUGACCAGCGCUCGGCACGCAGCCACACCACUUCACCCAACGGCUGCCCUGACUCCACGGACACAGAGAGCACAGCAGAAGAGCAGAGCACAAGGGCGACAGCCCCUACAAGUACCUCCAACAACCACCACCUCCACUACCUGACCCCCGCACUGCCCCACAGCCAUCUCACCUCCAGCCCCAGCCAAGCCAAAGACUUGGAUGCAGAGUGGGACAGAAGGGGUCCGGUACCCCCCACUGUAGUAAAGAGAAGCCCGGGCUCACCUCUUUCUUCCAGGAACAGCUUGCAGGUGUUAGACAGGGCUGGCAGGCCCGUGCGCUCCUUCUACUGCCGGCACUGCUGCAUCGUCUUUCUGGACCACGUCAUGUUCACCAUCCACAUGGGCUGUCAUGGGUUCCGCCAGCCGUUUGAGUGCAACAUCUGCGGCCACCCCAGCCAGGACCGCUACGAGUUCUCGUCUCACAUCAGCCGUGGAGAGCAUCAGGUGGGCUGAGGGCAGGAGAGACCGAGCUGCUCCAGGAGAGGCGACUGUUGCUUUCUGAACCCGAUGGCUCAUGUUCUGUUCUGCACCAGAUUAGUUGCUUUAAAU